GAGGCACGCUGUCCGAAUGACUUGAUUGGGUAGUGCACUAACUGUCCACGUCGAACCGAGGUUCACGAUAGACACUUAUUAAUCUUCAAGGCGUUCCACGAAAACAACUUUUCUGUUCAGGUAUAAAUACCGUAUACCGCCACAAGCAGUCCUACCUUUGAAGCCAUGAUAUAAGUCCCAUCUACCCACACCCCUACAUACCUCCCCACCUCGCCAUCCCCUACAACUCCCUACUCCAUCCCUUUCACCACCACCAUGGCCACCACCAUCGCCCAACAACUCGCCAUAACCCCCCUCUCCACCCCAGACACCUUCCAAUCCACCCACCUCCCCCAAACCAUGGGCAACACCGCCCCCAUCGCCUACGGCGGCUGCGCCCUCGGCCUCGCCGUCAACGCCGCCACCCACACCGUCCCCAACUCCCACUCCCUCUACUCCCUAACAGGCCACUACCUAGGCCCCACCCUCCCCGACCGCCCCCUCACAAUAACCAUCACCCGCCCGCGCUCCACCCGCUCCUUCUCAACCCGCUCCGUCACCCUCAGCCAGCUCCAACCCAACGGCACUAAUCGCACCUGCCUGGUCCUCCUCGCAGACUUCCACGCGCCCGAGCAGCACAGUCGUGUCAUGUUCGAGUAUAGCGAGGGGCCGAGCAUGCGCUGGCCGGCCGUGGAAGCCUGCGUGGGGAGUAGGAUGGCGUUUGAGCAGUGUGGUUUUGCGGAGGGAGUGUAUGCGCGCUAUGGGGUGCUGUUUGCGCUGGGCGAGCGGUUUUUUGAUACCCGGCAUCCGGUUGGGAGUGCGUUGGUGCGGAAUGGGUAUGGGGUUGCGGGGCGGACGGGAGGGGGGUUGGUGUCGCUGGGUACAGCUACGGCUUCAGCUUCAGCUACGGCAACAGCUUCAGCAACGGAGACGACGGAGACGGAGACAGAGCGGAAGCAGACGACAGACAGCACGGAACUAAUAACAACGCAGCGAAGCGCGCAAUGGGCGCGCGUCCGGCCGGCGCACGCAGGCGAGCUGACGGACGCGGGGACGCAGAUGGGCGCGCUAGCCUUCUACAUGGACGGGUGCCUGUCAUUUUUGCCGCUGAGCCAUGCCGGGUUGGGGCUGGAGGCGGCGGCGGCGUGUUCGAGUUUGGACUUUGCGAUGAGGGUGUUUGUGCGGGAGUUUGAUUUUGGGCGGUGGUAUUUGAAGGAGAUGGGGACGGUGCGCGGGGGUGGGGGGAGGACGUUUAGUGAGGGGAGGUUGUUUGAUGGGGAGGGGGUGUUGGUGGCGCAUAUGAGUCAGCAGUGUAUUAUGAGGGGGUGGGGGGAGGGGGAGAUGGAGAGGUUGUAGGUUUGGAGGUUGGGUGGUGUGGGAGGUUGUGUGUAUAGGUGGUGUGUGUCUUGGGAGGUGGUGUUGAUGUGUGGAUGUAGGGCUUUUGGGAUGGAAUAUAGAUGUAGAUAUAGACAGGUGCUUAGAAUAGCGCUUAUAAUUGAAGUGAGAAUAGACUUUAUGUAAUCC